AUGGGUCUUCUUUCGCUCACUUACACGCGCCCAAACUCUUCUCGCUCCUCCACUGGAAUACCAGACUCGCUGUCCUUUGACAGGAUCAUUAGUGGUGGCACAUGCCCUCCUAUGACUGUCCGUGAUUUCAUGACCUACCUCAUCUACGUGGAACAUGCUGCCGAGAAUCUCCAGUUCUAUCUCUGGUUCCAGGACUAUGAGAAGCGCUUUAAUGCGAAUCCAACCACAGACGUCAAGCUCGCCCCUGAGUGGACUAGGGCUAUGCAGGACGAAGCUAUUAUCAAGAUUCGUAAAGAACAAUCAGAUAAGAUGCGAAAAGAGCCUGAGGCAGCGGCCAUCUUCAAAGGUAGCGACUUUGAGAAGAAGACCGGCAGCCAGGACCGGAACAUGAGCACUGUUGAUCCCUUCGCAACACCCCCUCAAAGCAGCAGAGGGGACGAAUCCUCGAUUUAUACGGCCUCUUGCACAAUGAACUCACUCAAUGCAAUGAGUCAUCAGAGCCAAGCGUCUGACGCUUUCAAAAUGGCUGGUGCGCAACAGCCUUUCACGAUCCAGCCAUUUCGAGAAGAGAUUAACAGAAUGAUCUCAACAUAUAUAAUGGAAGGUGCACCUCGGCAACUGAAUCUAUCCUCUUCUGAACAGAAGGCGGUUAUUGUAGCGCUCUCCAAGACAACUCAUCCCAGCGCUUUUCGAAGCGUCUUCAAGACUGUUGAUUCAAGCCUUCGGCACCAAGCUCAUCCCAACUUCAUCCGAUGGUCAAUCUGCAAUGGAAACCCUGCCCGCGUGUUCUUCGCUCGCUCACUGGGUGUUGGACUCAUUGCCGCAGGCAUCAUUGUUGGGCUCAUUCUCACCCUAAGCAACGCUGGUCGAGGAUACCGGGCAUUGGCAGCCAUAGCCCUCGUUCUUGGCAUAAGCACACUUGUUGCGGCCUAUAAGGGCAUGUGUGUCGUUCUGCAUGGGAUGCAUCACCGCCAUGUCAGGCCAUGGGAGCUGUUUGUGGACAGCGAGAACAUGGAAGAUGCGCAGAAGCAGAGUUUUGACUCGUUCGGGUCCAAGAACAGCUACGAGGAUGAACCUUGGGUCGUCAAGUACGAGAAACGCAAUGUUGUCCGCAAAGUGUUUGACCGCGAGGUCUGGAUUCAGGAGCCGGCCUUGCGACAGAUACAAGACACCAUCUUCAUUCAGGCGAUACUCGCUUCAGUUCUCCUGGGCGGCAUCAUUACAGCUAUCUUUGUUGCUGUUCCGGGAGGCCAUUUCUUUUGA